AUGCCGAACGACAACCCCAACUUACCACCCGGCGACAAUGGCCGAUUACCCUCUCAACAAAAUCAGGCCGACGACCCUUUCGUAUUCUAUCACCCUCCUGAACACCAGAACGUCCCGCGCCCUGCUUCGGAUGGCUGGCUACGUCGUCCAGCAUGGAUCGAUGGAGGUGUCCAGCCCCCACAGUUCUACCAUACCCAGCAGGACAUCGACGCCAAUCGACGUGCACACUUCCCUCGUAUUCAGGCAUUGCACGAGAUAGACCGACGUGCGGCUUUAGCUCAACGACAACAGCAGCGUACUCCGACCCCGAACCCCGUUGGCCACACCCGCAACACUAUCUCGAACGCUCAGCAGCUGUCCGCUGCCGACGAUAACGUCCUGGACCUGGAGGAGAUGUCAGAUGAUGAAGACGACGUCGUCGAGGUCUCUGGUCCAUCCGCCCGUGCUGGUACAGUGGCAGCGGGCGGGCCUGCACCUGGGGCUGGCAAUGAACCCGCUUCUGACGAGGGCUUUCUCGUCAACGUGGUUCUUCACAAGACGGUAUUUGAGACGGGUUCUGCGCGUGGCGGUUCAAAGCUCGUCGAGAAAUCGAAGGCGAUCCCGCAGAUGACGAGGAUCAAGCUCACCCCCGAGUGGGUACGUUCCCAAUUUGUUCAAGCUAUUCUUCAUUGCCACGGGCUCGAUGACCGGUAUACUGCCGGCCCAAUCUGCGGUCCGGACUUUCUUUUGUGGUGGACGGGCUAUACGAAAGCCUCAGCCGCGACCAUCAAGACCGAAGAGCAUUGGGUGACAGCCCUUACUGCUAUCCUCGCGAAACGUGGAGUUUGCAAGAUUUUCGUCGAUAUUGAUGCGAAGGCAUUGAAAGGCUUUUGUAAGGUUGAACCAACUAUCGACACUUCAGGUGUAUUCCCACAGGCGGACAAUACUUCUGCUCUUGAUGAGCUGAUUGCGGGCACUCAUGUCCCGCAGGUCGGCACAUUCUCGCGCAUGGCCCAGCUCCACGGUGGUAUCAUUGAAGAGCUCAAGAAAUUGCACAAGGACUGUGCGGAGCACAGGACCGAGAACGGUGACAGUGGAAUCUGCUACCGCCACGGCAAUAUCCACGUGAUCCUGAACAUGCGACGCCUCGCUAUUUGGGCCGCUGCCAUAGCUGCUGGCCGUGCAACUGUCUAUGAGCCUCCCAAAGACUCGCCAGAGUUCGGAGGUCCUCCAGAACCGAAAGCUCGUGGCCGGACUGGUCCCCGUCCUCACCGCGACCCUGAGCCAGUAGCUGGACCUUCGACAAUGGCCGAUAUCGCGCCCGUCCUCAUGACCGUUGUGGCCAAACAAGCUAUGGACCUCAUGGCUGGCCCCAGCUCACGUCGCCGUCGCUCCUACUCGCCGCAUACCCCUCGUCGAUCAUACCACUCGCGCUCUCCCGUUCGUCGCCGCCGCCGCUCAGCCUCCCCUCGCUCUUCACCCGUUUCCCAAUCCCCUAUUCCAGCGAAGAGUAACGAGUUGCACGCUUGCCUGGUUGCACUUCGCGCCGAAGAGGACAUUGAUAUGCUCUGUCACGAGGACGCUCUCGCCGCCGAAGACUUCACCCCCGACGUUCUUUCCAUGGUCAGUGUCAAGGACCUUUGUGACUUGACGGGUGCUUUGAAGGGACGGGUUUUGAAGCUGCAGAGGUUUGCUGUGAAGUGGUGCGAGAUUUUGGAGAAGAAGCGCAGACAGCGUGCGUAG